AUGACCGAGACCAACCCCCAGGACGGCCGACAGUGCGGUCCCGAGGCAGACGACAAGGGAGAGCAAGAGGUCGAAGACAGUGAGGCUAUAGCGGACAUCACCCGGGGCCAUCCCAUCCCAAGAGCCACGUCAACGCACGAGAUUGAUGCACAGAUUUGCCAAGAAGCUCGACAGGCCAGGCAUAGGCAGACAGAAGACAGAGACCCGUCGCCAGGGCGCGCCAAGCAUGCGGGGAGCGGCUCCAGACAGGACGACAAGGCAAAGGGCCUCCCUUGUGACCCUGCAUGGUGGAACCAGCGGGCGACAGGAAGCAACAGCAUGGGAAAAGGCCUACGCACGGGAUAG